AUGCUGGACCAAUUGGUACCUCAAGACCCACCCACUACCAUGUUUUGCUCGAUGAGAUUGGCUUCUCAGCAGAUAAUCUCCAGAAGCACAUAUGUGGAUAUGGGUUUCCUGGAGGAGAUGGUUCUGAAGGCCAUGAAGGAUAACGGGGAUAAUGAGUCAUUGGUUGAACUUCUUCUAACCUACCAGGAAAUAGGAAAUGAUCCCUCUGUGGAUAACGGUUCUGCUUCUGGCUAUUUCCCUCAAGCUGCUGAGGAUAGUGAUGCUGAUGAUAUUUUAGAAAACUGGGAUGAUGAGGAUGCUGGUGAGCGAAACAGGGGUCCGACCAUUGACGAAUCUGGUGAUGAGGUGUAGCUGUAAUCUAAUCUGGUUGGUUAUUUGCCUUGGGAGAAUUGUGUUCGUUUAGGCAAAUUGGCAAAACGACAUGUUCCCAUGAAACUAGAAACCUGGAUUUUGUAAGAAACUCGUAAUGACAUUCUAUUUACAUAGCUUCUAUUUAGUCAUUUGAUGGAUAAUUUUACUUUGAAUGCAUCAGCAAAUUUCAAACCCAUUAGUCUUUAAUUUAUGAUUCCAAAUUGCUUACCUUCAAAAUGGUUCAGUCCAUGCUGUUGUUGCUAAAAUAAUACAAUUUCAGUUUACCUGAUGCAUAUACCAAUGUUAGUGAUUUUUUCAGGAGCAAUAUAGAGUUUGAGUGGAGCACACAAAUGAUGGACGGUCAAUGUCAAGCCAACCUUUGCUACAGUGCUAGACAUAGCUUAUUCCAUUUUCAUGUGUUCAAAUUAGCUAGUGUGAUUCGGAUACCUUAUGUGUUUCAAUAGUUGUGCGUGUGUUAUCGACUAAGUUUGACAUUGGAUGGUUUCAUUAAUGAUUUGUACGGACAAAGCAUGUUUUGGAUUAAUGGAUGUCUAAAUGCUUCUUUCAUCA